AUGGAAGAACUGCAGAAGAAAAGGAAAUCCAGGUGGGGGGACUUGGAAAAUAAAGCAGAUAGUAUUAACGAGACGGGCGGAACGGUCCAAGUGAAUAAGUCAGCUGAACCGAUUAAGACGAAUGGGCUGUUAAACGCAGCGGGUAACAUUUUAGGAAACCUCAGUAUGAGUGGAGCGUCCAGAUUGGCCACCCCCACCCCUGGACUAAAAAUGAACCCCCCCGUAGGGUUGAACUUGAACACCGCCGCCACGAGUCUACCAAGUCAGUUCCCACUCACAGGGCAGAGCUUCCCUGCGCUAUCUUCCGCUAUGCAUUUAAACAUAUUAAAAGCGACGGAGGCAGCCAAAUUAGCAAUCGAAAGAGCAAAAAGAGCUAGCAGGUUUAAGGAGGACAUGAAACAGAACGUAAGGAAAGUAGACUUUGUACCGAAGCCUUUAAAAUUUGAUGAACAAGGAAGAGAAAUAGAUGAUGAAGGAAAUGUGAUCAACAUAAAACCGAUUACGUUUUCUACACUCAAAGUGAAUAUUAACAAAUUGGAAGAAAAUAAUCUUUUAAAAAAAAAAAACGAAUUAGCAAAUAAAAAUAGUGAAGAAUAUCUACAUGAAGAUAAUAGGUGGUUUGAUUCUAGAAUAAAAAAUGUCCAGAAGAAGAAGAAGAAAAAUGCCUUUAAUUUUAUUACACCAGGUUCGUAUAUGAAGCUAGCCAAUUCGAGGAACUACAAUUCAAAGGCGCAGAUGAAUUUUGAUCUGAAAAAAUUUAUGCAGGAUAAAAAGAACGUGCAUUCUCUGCAAGAAAUGUCUUUAAACUUUUUAAACAGUGAUCUAAGUGAUAACAUUAAUCCGAACCUAAUAGAUAUUAAUAACAAAGACGUUAGGAAGAGGAAGGAGUGGAAGGAGGAUGAAAAGUAUGACGUGAUGGAAAAAUGGGAUUUGGUUCUAUUUAAGAAGGUUGAAAAUAAGGAAAACUUGAAGGAGUACAUUUCGGAGCAAAUGGCUAGCUGGAGGGGGAAGUUCCAACUGGGGGGAGGUACAAAUCAUGAAGGGGAGGAACCUAAUGGAAAUCCCCAUGUAGAUGAACAGGAAGGUGUGACAGACGAGACAAACAAAAAUGAUAACAGUGACCUAGACAAAUACACUAGUAGCAUCUACCUCGAAGUGAACAAACUGAUACAGAAGCGGAGCGCGAAUAUCCUCCUGCUACAAAGUAACGAAAUGAUAAUUAAUGACGAGCUGUAUAAAAUAAAUUUAAAGAAAAUCACAAAAUACGUGGAACACCCAAUUCCGCUAAAUGAAGAUAAGAAAGAAGAGAAGAUCACCCCUCCACACAUGUUUUUAACCCCGGUAGAAAGAAAAAAGCUAAGAAAGAGAAAAAGACAAGAAAAGGAAAGAGAAAAACAAGACAAAAUUCGAAUCGGAUUAAUGCCCCCACCCCCACCUAAGAUGAAACUAUCAAAUCUGAUGAGGGUCCUUGGAGACAGUGCAGUUUCGCAACCCUCAAGAAUAGAAUUAGAAGUGAGACAACAAAUGAAAGAAAGAGAACUACGACAUUUUAAACAAAAUCAAGAGAGAAAAUUAAAGCCAGAAGAAAAAAGUAAAAAGAAAAUGAAAAAAUGGAAAUGUGAUCCAAAUGAAGAAAAUGAAGUCCUCGUUAUUUAUAUAUCCAAUUUGUCCAAUAAAAAACACGUAUUUAAAAUUGACAUAAAUGCGCAACAGCUACAUUUAACGGGUGUCUGUGUUAUGACUGUUCUUUACAACUUUAUUAUUGUCGAGGGGAAGCACAUUUCCAUUGAAAGGUACAAGAGGUUAAUUUUUAGGCGAAUUAAAUGGAAUGAAGACGAAUACAAUGAGGAUGAAGAAGGGGACGACGAUGAAGAUGAGGAGGAUGAGGAAGAUGAAGAAGGUGGAACAAGAGGCAUAGAUCACGACCAUAACAGUAGUAACCUGAAGGAUAAAGCAGAUCAGGGUAAAAUGAAGUCCAAUUUUGAUACACAGACGGAUUAUCCUAAUGAUGCUGCAAAUAUUAACCUAAACCAGGGCUGUACUUGUAGCCUCAUUUGGAGCGGCACUGUGAAGAAAAAGAACUUCCUCAACUGGAAGAUGAUAAUUGCCAAAACCGAAAUGGAGGUAACGGAUUAUCUGCAGAAGCAUGACGCGCUGCACUAUUACCACAUAGUCAAGAAGCACAGGAACGUGGCCGAUGAUGUGUGA